CUGCAAUACACCGUAACCAUCACCAGUGUGGAAGACGGGCAUCACUGCAUGAAGCUCGAGAGCACAUUCAAGGACACCAAGUUCACAGAGUUAGAAUUGCCUGAGACGUGUGACGAGGUGACUCCAAACCGUCGCAAGGUGAAGUCCACCAUCAAGAUGGACACCAGCACAAUGAAACAUGUGCAGGUUGGAAAAAAAGACCACACACAUCGAAGGAAACAUCAAGGGUGA